GCGGCGAGGAGGGCGGUCCCGCGGCGGCCGUGCCCGCGGCCGGCAGAGGCGGCGGCGGCGGCCAUGGCGUACGGCGGGCUGGCGGUGCCCAUCGCGGCCGUCACCGCCUUCUGGGGGGUGGUCGGCGCCCUCCUGCCCUGGCUCGUCCCCAAGGGGCCCAACCGCGGUGUUAUCAACACGAUGCUGGUGACAUGUGCCGUUUGCUGCUACCUGUUUUGGCUGAUUGCGAUUCUGGCUCAACUCAACCCUCUCUUUGGGCCGCAGUUAAGCAAUGAAACAAUCUGGUACCUUAAAUCUCACUGGCCUUAAGGACGUCUGUCCGCUGCUGCAAUUUAUUGACCAGGUAAAGAAGAGAUUUCCUUCAGAUGAAAAAACUCCACAGAUCCAAAGAUGCCCUUAACGUAGCUGGUUGGAUACCAAGCCUGCAUUAAUGCCUUAACACUUGUAUUGUGCUUUAAAUGGCUCAUUCAAAGCCCUCUAUUUUUUCCUACUAUACUGUUUAAGAGUGUACCUAAUGCAAUUUCUAACUCCUCUUCAGUACUGUACAUUUUUAUCUGUUAACUUCAGGUGUGAUUAAAAUUUCUAAUGUUUCUUACAGAGACGUAGCUUCCCUGUUCACUUUACUCUGUAGGAACCCUGUAUCUUAGAGGUUUGUCUGCUGUGCUAUUCACCUCUGUUCUGUUUGACUGCGCUUGGAAAAAAGUGUGCAAUGAAACUGUAUGAGGAGAAGAGAAAUAAUGCUGCCACAUGUUGAUUGCCUUUUUUUUUUUUUAAAGUGAGUUGUGUUUUGGGGAAAGUCAGUCUUAAAUUUCUCAUACCUGGAAAUAAAACUAAUGCUCUGCUUUAUACAAAA